CAUAUCUACUAGUGUCAGGAACAGCACUAUACAAAACAUUAAUUAUAUCUAUAUGUAACAGAUGAAACUGUGUCUAUUUGUGUGUGCAUUUAUUACUAGUAAAUAUUCUUCUGUAUUCUAAUAACAAUGAUUACCCGAUGAAUCUCAUGGUAGUUCCACUGUACGAAAUUAUGAUCGCGACGUCAACUUUUCAGUUAUAUGUAAUCUAAAACAGAUGUUUUUAAAAUGAUUUAGACUCAAAUGUCUGCGUAAAAAAUAAAGGUGUGGUUUGCAGUAUACAAAAUAUAAAUAAGUUCAUUCCUAAAAAUGAGAUUUAACAAGCAGGAAUUAAGUGCUCUAGCAUCUUUAACAUCGCAAAGUUAUGAUAAAGAAGGUGUAAUGGUGCUAAAAGAAAAACAAGACGGCUUCUUUCGCCGCUCGGAAGGUUGUUCUAUUCGUUGGUUUCGUCUUAAGGGCAAUUUACUAUUUUAUUUGAAAGGUCCUGAACCUUGGUAUGAAUCAGUAGGAUUUAUUGUGUUAGGCCAACAUAAAAUCCAUAUACAGACUCAAGAUGAAAAUGGUUAUUGGCCGUUCCAUUUAGUUUGGGAGAAUGGUAUUUGCUAUAGAUUGGCAACAUUUCAUGAAUCAGAGCGCACAUUAUGGCUAAAGGCUAUUCACAUGGCCCCUUAUGAUGUAAUAAGUUCACAAGUUAUUGCACUUCGAGAAAAACUAAACAGAAUAAGAGCUAUUACAGACAUAACAACAUACAGGUUGCAGAAAGGAAUUGUUUUAGAUAUGAAUGAAGUACCCUUAUGUGAGUUGGCCUUAUCCUGUGAUAAUCUUCUGUGUGAUGCCUAUGGGUGUGCACCUUCUCCAGUAAUUGUUAUUUAUGUUAAAUAUUCCAAAGGGCUUUGUGUGAAGUAUGGCACAACUGAAAUAGUAGAUUCAUGCAGCAACCCAUGUUUUUCAAAAACAAUACUAUUUCGAGCUAGUGAUGGAUUGUCAAGGGAUGCUGUUGUAAAAAUAGUUGUCUAUGAUGUCAAAGAAAGGGUAUCAGAAACAUCAGUUCUAAUGGGAUCUACAUCAUUACAACUUAGCACUAUACAGGAAGCCCAGAGACUUAGGGUGGCGUUAAUGACAAGAGAAAAUAAAACAGUUGGUUUUGUUACAAUAAAUGGAUGGAGUUUAGAACCAUCUUACAUAGGCACAAGUCCAAAUCAUACAAAUGAUAAAAACUGCAUAGAUAUACCACAAAAAUUGCUUUGUCAUCGCCGUUCUCAGUCUUUACCACCAAGGUUAGGUUUGAAACUAAAGUUUCCAUCAUAUGGAAAUCUUUUAAAGCAGAAUUUCGUCAACAGUCACCAAGUCACAUACAGAUUUCAUUCUGGGCUAGGAGGUGAUAUCACUGUUCAUGAAAUAAUGGCAGAGCCAAAGCUAUGCUAUCAAAUUCCAAUACAGCUACUGGACAUUUAUAUUCAAAGAGAAAAGGAGCUUUUGGAGGAAUUGUUAUCAGUUGGAAAUAUUUGUGGGCAUUGGCAAACAAGACAAUUAGAUUUAGCUGGCACCCAUGUCUCUUUAUUGAAGCACUACUGUCAUUCAAAGAGGUGUUUGCAACAAGCCGAACAUGCAUAUUUCAAAGCCAGUUCUAGAAAAGAUGAUUCUAGUUUGGAAUUUGCACCAACAAAUUUGCAUCUGCAACGGAUGUGGGUGUACAAUGACACCCUAAAUAAAACAGGUUUUCAUGACGUUAUCACUGCUGGAGCAUUUGCUGCUCACACUCACAAAGCAGAAAGAACUGGUGGUCUUAUAAGACUAGUUCAACAAGUGAAGGAUAUAAGCAACACGAAAGCCGCUGCUAAUUAUGCGGCUGCGAAUAAAAUUCAGGCUGAAUAUGAUAAUGUGCUUGCUUUAUUACGUCUGAGAGAUGAAAUUAUAUCCGAUGUUGACAGGAUAAUAGUACUUUUACAGGCAAAUCAGAGGGAUAAGGUUAUACAUGUAACUGAAGUUAUUAAGGCCAAAGUUAAAAGCAUGCUGGCAUUGUGGGAACCGGGUGUUGUUGAAGAAUCUUUAGCAAUCAUAGGAUGGCCUAAACACAAUUGUGAAGAUACUGAAAAUCAAACGUUACUAACAAUUCUUCGUUUGACUGAACAACUGAACAUGUUCGACGCUAAUUCCGAUUGCGAGAACUUUGAUGCAUCUUCUAGUUCAAGUUCCAAGGACACCUCGCCGACCAUGGACAUAGCGUCAUUCCCCACAAGCCUGCAUAACAUAAGCAACAGCAAUCCUAAAUUGGAUACAAAGAACAACCACUUUGAAUUGCAAUUCUUUAACGAUUACUUCAACAGCGAGGAACGUAAUAAAUUGAAUCAUUCGUUCAGAUCGGUCCGGUCACCAACGAAACCGAAACUGAAUGAUGCUCACAGUUUUUCAUUCGAUUCUAACCGACCAAGGCAUGGUAGUUUGAGGCAUGAUUUUAAGAGUACGGCAUCAUUGGAACAAGUCUCAUACAGAUGUCUAAUGGAAAGUUUGAGCGGGAUGGAUAAGAAAAAGGGCGGUGAUGUACGGAAGGAGUCUUCAUCUUUACCGAGUAUAGGACAAAUAGAUUCAAGCACUAGAGAGGGAAAUCUAGCGUUCUUAAAGAGUAUAUGGUCUGACGUCGACACAGCAAUGACUUUGGUGUUAGAGGCAGCUGUCAAUUAUACGGAGAGAGAUGAAGAUGUGACGGACGAGGAUUUGGAUUGUUUGAAGCAUUUGAGCGAGCGUUGCAAGCUGUCCGCUGGUGUACUGUGUCGUUGGGCUCGGGUGGCUCACGCCGCGCUUCGACUGAGAUGCGAGUCACCGGCUUGGGGCAAGGAGAACGCAGCACUUCAUAUACGUAGGGACACGUGCUUCUCACAGGCUCUGUCAACCCUAACAGCUGGUCUCCUCUGCUGGUUCUGUUCAGUACCGAGCGAGACAGUUGUCAGGGUGUUGACCUCAGAACUUGGGCCUCUGUGUGAGUUUGAGGGUCUACUGAGUCUUUAUUCAACCGAGAAAGCCAUGUGGGGUGAUAUGGUGGUAGCCGUUGAAGACCUACAGACUGUUGUUUUCACUCUCACUAAAGUCGGGCACAGCAAUAUGUCUAUACCACAAGUGUCUGGUAACAGGGGAAAUAUAACAGUUCAAAUACCAGUGUCGGAUUCACUGUACAAUAAAUUUACUAAUAAAGAGCAUUUGAGCUUCACAAUCACAGCCGUAUUUUUCAAUAUUGGUAUCAACGAAAAGGCCACAUUGGCGGAGGCCCUCGGUGAAACAACGCCUCAAUAUCACUCGAAUAACGAUAACCUUGAUCGACUUUUCAAAUAUUAUUACAAGUACAAUAAGAUUUUCCCCACCGACCCCACAGCGCCUAACAGAGCGUCGUCGAGAACAAAACCAUUGGAAGAAGUUAUGGAGAACCUAAGAAUUUCUGUACACAAGAAAAUACCAAAGAAUGUAGAAGUACUUCAUCUAGCUGCUUUGGCGACGAGACUUAUGAAUGGUAUCAGAUUCACGUCGUGUAAGAGCGCCAAGGAUAGGACUGGUAUGUCGGUGACAUUGGAACAAUGUUCUGUGUUGGCAUCGGAGUAUCAUCUCGCUGAGCACGAGAUGAAGAAAGCGUUGAGCAUUAUGAGGAGCGAGGGAUGUCGUCGGGAAAAUACGUACAAAAACAUAGGUGUACGGAAAUACGCGUUCACUAAGAAGCAAAUGAUGGCGCUUCCGGAGGAAUACAGACCACCGACCGGCAGCUACGGGUCGUCGCAGACUUAGGGCGGUAACAUCUCAGUAGCUAACGGAUGUCGCAGACAAAAGGCUAAACUGUCUCAUGUCUAUGUGAUAACGCUGUAGCGAAUGAAACAUAUUCCAAACAAUAUUCAGUAGUUGAACUGCUUGCAAUAGUUAUUGUCGUGUUAAUUUAAAAAUAAUAUAAUCAAUUAUUCUUUUUACAUAUAUUCGUCGGAGCUUUUUGGUCGGUAGUACAGUUUAUAUUUAUGUAGUGUUUAUUACAUACAAAUGUCAUCUGCUAGUGUCGUUGUAUUUAGUUUUCAGUGUCAUUUGUAAUCGAUGACAUACCUCUACUAUGCCCACGAUAUUUAUGAAAGUUAUUUGUGUAAUGAAAUUAAUAUAUUUUAUUAAAUAACUUAUAGUAUUCUUCUGUAUAUGUGAUUUUUAAAAUUCGAAUUGAUGCCAAAACACAUUCUUCCAAUAAUAUAUCGUUAGAAAUUAUUCGAUUUAUAAAUUAUUUAAUUAUCUAUGUUAAAUUUGUGAUUAUUGUUUUAUUUCAGUGAAAAAAAAAGAAACUUCAAAAGAAGUUUGUUCUUAUUAAAUAUUUUUCUGUCAUAACUCGUAUUGAUAAAUAUUAUGGACGUUGGUUUAAUAAGGUGAUGGCUAAUACUGAGGUUUUAUAACGAUAAUUCUUAGAAAUGUCUCGGACACCGCCUUUAAUGUUACUUAAUAACAAUAUUAUAUAUUUUAUUUAUUUUUUGUUCGUCAAUCAAACUUAUAUUUGAUAUCUCUGAUCGAAGAAUACAAUAUUUUUGUUGAUUAAAAAUAUUAACAUAAUCCAGUCAAAAGUCAGUUGGCUUUUAUAUAAAUAAGAAUAAUGACUAAAGAAUAGAAAUCUUUAUAUUUUUUAGAAAUUAAUCGUAUAUAUUUAUACUAUUCUAGAUAAAAGUGAGACCAGCCUUUAACAAAGUGGUCGACAACGCCCCUUUGUGGGCGUCGCAGGCCUAAAGGGGGUCUUUAAGAGACCCAGAAAUAAAUGAGGUCACGCUGUAUAGGCCUGGGCCUGGCCUGGGGGUUAAUUUGUUAUUUCAUUUAGCUAAGUUAAGUUAUAGUGUUAUUUUAGUAAGUGAAAAAAAUAAAUUUAUUCUCAAGUGGGCCGAAGGCAAAAUAAGUUUGGGAACCCUUGGGUUAGACGGUAGUGCGACACAAAUGAGGUUUUAUGUUAAUAUAGUGAAAACAUAAAAAAAAAUAUGCAAUAUUUAAAGCAAUAUGCAAUGGACGUAUUUUUGAUAACUUAGCUUUUUAAUAAAUUCUUAAUAUAUCUAACGUAAAAUAAUAUUAUUUUUUGCUUGAAUAGUCUUAUGAAUUUAAGGUUUAUGGCUUUUCUAAUAGAAAUAAUGUAUAAGCACCCGCUUAUAAUUUAAUAAGAAUAAAAUGCUGUUGUUAAUUGAGGGUGCCUUAGUCUCUUAAGUUACCCAAUAAAUCUCUCAUAUAUUUCUUACAACUUGAAAACAAAUCAGAGUGUUUAGAUUUUACAAGUGGAAAACCGUUAAUCUAUAAACGCAAUAUCUUAUUAAAAAUACUACAAGGAAAAGAAACUUCAACUAUGAUUUUGAUCUAAUAUCAAUAUUAUGCGAAAGAAUGUUAAAUAAGUAUUUUAAAACUUGGACUGAAUGGUUGCCAAUAUUUUUUUUUAAAGCUUUUAAACAAAACCCAACUAAACAUUAAUAAUAAAAAUCUGAUUCUAUUCUUUAGUUAUUAUUCUACAUAAAAUAUUUGAUUUCAUAAUAAAUAAGUACUUAAAUAGUAUAUACCUCUAUAUGGUUUUGAUAGAUAUAUAAUUUUAUAUGCUACAAUAAUGUUAAACCCUUCACUCUAUUAUAGAAAUCUUCUUACUUUAUGCCAAGAAUACAUACUUUAUAAGGAUAGUAAUAAUAGUAUUUAUGUAAUAAUAAGCUCUGCAGCACAAUUGAAAUAUCAUUUUGAAAUAUAAAAUAAUAUAUCAUUCAAAACAAACAUGUAAUUGAAAACAAACAAUAUGUUAUGGUUUUCAAUUUCGGUUGAAAUUUUUAUUAAGUUGAAGAAAUUACAAUGUUCUAAAUAUUAUUAGAUUUUUUUUUAAGAAGUACAUAAAAUUUAUGUUUCGGUAUUAUUCUAAUACUUGUUAAUUCAUACCUAUAAAUUCUCUUAAUCAGAGUAUUUUAUUUUGAUUGGCAUAAUCUGUGUUUUAAUAAUAUUCGUGUGCCAUAUACAUUUAGGUAGUAAGUGCUAGCAUUCGAUGUCACAAAAAUUGUUACGUUUUAUUUGCUUUGGAACAAUGUUAGUUUCUUGACGAGAAAAAUAAUUCAAACCAGUUCUUCCAGAGUAGUUGUGCCAAAAUAAAAUAUUUACUAUACAUAACAAUUUUAACAACACUAUUUUCGUUAUACAUUCUGCCCAAAAAGAUAUUAUUUAUUAAGUAGAGCUAUAAAGAUUUUUAUGUAAAACUUCCUCGACGGUGAACGUGUCAAAUGUAUUGGAACCAUAUACCCAUAGUUUAGUAGGAGAAAUAGUACUUAGUACAUAUUGAACUAUACCCCUUAUUUAUUUAAGAAAACAUUAAUUUAUAAUAUUCUACAUUAUUAUUGUCUACUGUGACAGAUAUUUUUAAAUUUAUUAUGUAAGGUACUCAUAGGUAUGCUACUUAAGAAUUAUAUACUCCGUUUUUACAUGGAGUAUAAUGUGCAUUAAUAUAUAAAAAUAAUCUCAGGAAAGAAUGCAACGAUUGAGAGGACCUUCGGUAUGUAGAGGAUUUUUAGUGCCAUCUUGUAGAGUUUCUAUAAAGUAAAUAAUUAUAUAGAUAUAUAAUAACUUACUUAGUUGCAAACUAAAAUUGUGACAAACAUUUUCUAGGCGUACAUUUAAUUUUCAAUUACUGGUGAACUAUAGUCUGUUUAUAUACAUCUAGUAUAUCGUCUAUAUUAUUUAUAUUUAAAUAAAGCGUUUCUUCAAAAUAUUUAAUACCUUAAGAUUGUUUAAAAUCUUAUUCCAGUUCUUUUAUUAACAACACUGGUGUUUUAUUGAUAAAUUUUUAGUUAUUCACAAUUUAUAAUAUACAAUAAUGAAAAAUCCUAUACAAUCACAACGACAAAUUUCUUUAAAUAAAAGAUCCCUUAUUUUACUGUAAUCAUGAUCUCAUUUUUUAGUACAUUAAUGUUUUUUUUUUCAUUUUAUGUCUCUUUUUUUCUCUAAGGUAUCCUGAUAUUAUGAGGGAUUAUUUAUAUUUUUGUUUUCUAUUUUACUUACGAAUUCCAAACAUUGUUUUCCCAAACAAUGUAACAACCUACGUAUUUUUGUCUUAAAUAUUAAUAAAUAAAUGUAUAUGUAUUUAAAUUUUAAUAUUUCAAAACCGAAAAAUAAUGUAUUCUUAGAAGGUAUAUGAAUAAUAAUAGGUAUUUGUAUAUGUUUUAUAAUUUAUAAGUUGAUUCGGUAUUGGUGAUUACUAACUUGAGAAGCAAAUCAAAUGUGAUAGGAGUUAGGACCAUUGCAGUGGUUUAUCUGUGGCUUACGACGGUGAAUUGGUAUGUAGUUAUUGUUAACAUUGUAUUAUUCUAAACAAUAGUUUAGAGCUGAUUGCAGUAUGUGUAGUUAAUGGUGACCUUGUCAGCGGAGUGAUUUGAAUUUCAUAUCUUGUUGAGAAAUAUUUCUUUGAAGUAAUUUGAUGGAAUCGUUUCAAUUAUUUGUACGGCGCUUUAGUUUGCCUUUUAAUGAUUCACGCUCAUAGUCUACAGUGAAAUCGACGUCUCUUGUGUACUUUUUUUAAUUUGCCAUAUUUUUUUUAUAUAUAUUUAAGUAUGGUAUAAUAUGCAUAAUAUUAUCAAGUUUUUCGUGUAAAUGGUACAUCGUGAGUUAUUUCAUUUUUAUGUAUGUAUGUAUGUAUAUAUUUCUUUAAAAAACAAUAAAUUGUAUAACGUUUUUUGUAAACGCCUGUAGUCUGUUGUUAUUUUUAUUAUAUUGGAAUUUAAUCACACGUUGAUAAUAAUUUUAUUUAAGUAAUUUGUAGUAUAUAAUUCCUUAUAAUAUUUCAGGUAUCACAGAUCAGGAUCAUGUGUACAUCACAAUUUUCUUUUAUUAAUUUAACUUUGUCAACAAGAAUGGAUUUUAGGACUAUAAGAUUUUGUACCUAUUUAUGCGUCGUCUUCCUCGAUUAUUUCCCAUAUCUAUUUUCUGAUACUUAAAUGUUUUUUUUGUUUCUAUAUUUAGGCUGUGAGUAAAUUCUAUUUUUAACGAUUGAUUAUUACUUAUUAAUAAAUUAUUAUGUUGCAUUUC